GCAGCCAUGUUGCCGCGAGCUUGUUCCGGUAUCAGGGCAGGAUCGUGCGCAUAGACUGCAUUCGGGCGCAGCUCCUCGCCUCUCUCCCCCUGUUGCCCGUCACACGUACUUCGCAACAAGAAAGAGUUUACCGAUAAUGGAUUUUACAACUUGAUGAUUCCUCCUUCAGUCGGCCGGCCAGGGGAAUAAUAACAGCAUUCGGGGUACCGACAGGACGAACUCGUAUAUCGCCACACUGCACUGCAGCACUGGUGAACGACCUUAUUCCAAUCACGCAUCACAAGGAAGAGCGCCGGUGAUUUCCGUGGAUUUUGAGUUUCGAGGGUUGCUCGGUGGCAGUCACCGCCGUUGCGGCCGCAGGAGGAUAAGCUAACUGGCUAGCUUGGCUUCGAGAGAAACACGGAAUUAGCUAGCUACAUUGGCUAAUAUUGGCGAGCCAGUUAGCUAGCGCGGCAAAUUAAUUCGUGCUACUCGCCUGCUAUGUGAUAAUUCUGAGUGGUAGUGGUUUUAUUUGGGGGUAUCGAAUCCUGGAUAUCUCGCUGGGAACAUUCUGAAUUGUUUCAUGUGAAUUGGGAAGGUCGAGACCUCGCCGGGAAUAACUUUGGCCUGAAAGUUUGUAGACUCCAGACCUGGUUCCAUACUUGAAAGGAAAUAUAUUUCUUCGACAAAAUAUAAAAAACGCUUCGAGGCUGUGUUAUGAAAGCUACGCUGGAAAAACGCUGGUUGUAGAUUUCGGCGACAGUUGGGGCUCCCCAGACGUUAGUUAGCAAACCUAUAGGUUAGCAUGCUAACCACCUAAUUGAACCCCCUACUUGUUCAACACAACCAUUGGCCAACUUUUCGUCAAGCUAGCCCAAGUAGCUAGCUUGCCAGACGUCACAGCAUCCGUCUGGUAGCCCGCUGGUCACCAUCAACGCUGCUAAUGCAUAUUGGGAACUAGGUGUUUUCACACCCUAUCCCUAGCUAAAGAAGAAAAUUACCUUUUCAUGUUUGGUGCCUGUUGACAAACAUGGGACGUGCGGUUGCUGCUAGCUAGUUCAAAGCUAGCUGGCUAACUCGGCUAGCCGCUGAUGUGGGAUUCAACUUGUUGAUUCACGAGCUAUCUGUCGUGCUGCUAGCUGGCUAGCGCUGGACAUCCGUUGGAAAUUUCAGUGUAUCAUCACCUUUACAGAUUUUUAAAUGCACAAAAGACACUGAGAAAUCGGCCCUUUGACACCGUUCCUUUUCCCAGUUGGAAACUUCUACUCUUCAAAAAUGUCAACAAGGAUCCCACUAGUGCAAGUCAUUGAGAAUUCGACGGGGCAGGAGUCGAAGUCAUCACGCUCCAGCAUGCCUCGAUGUCGGAACUCAGUUGCCACAACCACAUCAGAUGACCAGCCGCACAUUGGUAACUAUCGGUUGCUAAAAACCAUUGGCAAAGGCAACUUCGCCAAGGUCAAACUGGCACGACACGUCCUCACCGGAAAAGAGGUGGCUGUAAAGAUCAUUGACAAGACACAGCUCAAUUCCUCCAGUUUGCAAAAGCUCUUCCGGGAAGUGAGAAUUAUGAAGAUGUUGAACCACCCCAACAUAGUCAAGCUCUUUGAGGUGAUAGAGACAGAGAAGACUUUGUACCUGGUAAUGGAGUACGCAAGUGGAGGAGAAGUCUUUGAUUACUUAGUGGCCCAUGGCAGGAUGAAGGAGAAAGAAGCACGUGCCAAAUUCAGACAGAUCGUGUCAGCAGUGCAGUAUUGCCAUCAGAAGUGUAUAGUACACAGAGACCUCAAGGCAGAAAACCUGCUGCUGGACGCAGACAUGAACAUCAAGAUAGCAGACUUUGGCUUCAGUAAUGAGUUCACUCUGGGGAACAAGCUGGAUACGUUCUGCGGCUCCCCACCCUAUGCUGCCCCAGAGCUCUUCCAGGGAAAGAAGUAUGAUGGGCCUGAGGUGGACGUCUGGAGCCUGGGAGUGAUCCUUUACACACUGGUCAGCGGCUCGCUUCCCUUUGAUGGACAGAACCUCAAGGAACUGAGAGAGCGUGUAUUGCGUGGUAAAUACAGGAUUCCUUUCUACAUGUCUACGGACUGUGAGAACCUGCUCAAAAAGUUCCUCAUCCUGAAUCCCUCCAAAAGAGGCAGCCUGGAGCAGCAGAUAAUGAGGGACCGUUGGAUGAAUGUAGGCUACGAGGAGGAGGAACUCAAGCCCUACAUUGAACCCCAGCCAGAUUAUAAGGACCCCAGGAGGACAGACAUUAUGCUACAAAUGGGAUUCUCUCUAGAGGAGAUCCAGGACUCGCUGGUGAACCAGAAGUACAAUGAUGUGAUGGCUGCAUACCUGCUACUGGACUAUAGGAACUCUGAGCUGGAUGAAGGUGGCAUCAAGCCCCGGCCAGGAAGUGAUGUAAGCAACAUAAAUGCCCCCUCCCCGCCUCACAAGGUACAACGCAGUGUGUCGUCCAACCAGAAGCCUCAGAAUCGCAGAGCCACCGACCAGGGCUCCUCCUACUCUAAAAGAGGAGGUCAAGCAGACAACAGGAGUGCAGUGGAGGAUUCUGGGAGGAAAGGUUCAUCAGGCAGCUCCACUACCAAGGUGCCAGCGAGUCCGCUGGUCUCCUCUGACCGCAAGAAAAGCGCCACGCCUUCUACAAAUAGCAUCCUGUCCACUGGUACAGGUCGCAGUCGGAACUCUCCUCUGACUGAGAGAGCCACUUUGGGACAGGGCAUCCAGAACGGCAAGGACAGCCUAAACACUCCGGGCUCCCGCGCCUCCACUGCCUCGGCCGCUGCCGUCCUCUCCUCCUCCUCCUCCUCCUCGCGUCCCCGUCACCACAAGUCACUGUCCUCCUCCAAUCAUCCAUGCCCCUCUGACCUGCACGCACCAAGGCCCAGUGCCCCAACUCAGCGGGCACCUGGUGCCUCACCAUCUGCCCACAACAUCAGCAGCGCUGCUGUGUCAGACCGUCCCAACUUCUCCCGGGGGGUGGGCAUCCGCAGCACAUUCCAUGCAGGACAACAGCGGGGUGCCCGGGACCAGCAGGGCUCUGCCUACCCCGGUGGGCCAGCUUCCCCAUCACUGUCACAUGGCAACAGCCAGGCCAGGAGGGCACAUGGCGCUACUGGGAUCUUCAGCAAAUUUACUUCCAAGUUUGUACGAAGAAAUCUCUCGUUCAGGUUUCCAAGAAGCCUUCUGGUUUUGAGUGCCGUGUUAUGGCCCAUUUUUAUUUAGUUUUUAUUUUUCCACUAACCACCCCCUCACCCAGCCACCCUCUCACUUAACUCACUCACUCCAUUAUCAUGCGGCACAAUAACACCUCACCCCUCCUCCUUUGACGUCCCUCCAUCGUCCCUCCCACCUUGCUCUUUCCAAACCCCCCCAUCCAUUUAUUUACCAGGUAGAGUGUGUGAGAGCUUGUGUCCCCCUGUAGCGCCCUAGAUUUAGGUCGAGGCUUAAUGGUGUAAUAGAUCAAACAUUUCCCUUCUAACUCUUAACCCUUUCUGUUUCUUAGCUUCAGAUGCAGGGAAUAAUGCACCAUUUCUUAGCUUCCUCUCCAAGUCAUAAGCUGGUGAGGUGAUGUGAUAAAAUGCAUCCUACAGACUUUUUUUAGUUGCUUUAAUAAACAUAUGAAUGAGAAGAGAAUCACAAAGACAGAUUUCUGUUUUUUUUGUAGGGGAUUUAAGUCCUGCUUUGUCACAUUCCCAUGAUAACCAUAACCAAAGCUAAUGCCACCUAUCUAAACCCUUAAACAUCAUCCAUCUCACAUCUCACUGCUUUUUUUUGGUUUGGUCACUAAGAUCAAAUCAGCUGGUGUUUAGUGUAAAUUUUUGAAGAGAUCCACCAUAGAUUGUAGUCUGGAGUUGGAGAUGGAGGUAGAGAGGACCCAGGAGGGACGUUGCAGUAUUUCUCAGGCUGCACUUAUUUCUGGAGGCUGCACUCUUCCUUUCUUUCAUUGCUCUGUUCUCACUUUGGCAAUGGCUCUCUAACAGCAGCAGCAGCAGCAGCAGAACUGGAUGGCUUUGACCUACUCUGGCUGGAAAAGACCUUAAUACUGUGGACACACAUACACAGAUUACACUUUAUACACAUAUUCACCUUAUACCAAAACAUUUAUUCACUUUUCUCCAUGUUAUUUAUAUUAUUUGUAAUACAUGAAGAUAUAGAAUACCUCACUAAAUUUACAGUCAUAUACACUGAACACACACGUACAGAAUCUCACAUUUGUCUCAUACACACUGUUGAGUGUUUGUUUUUUUUUCCAGGAGGUGGAGCAAUUUCUUUUUAAUCUAGACCAUUGCUCCACCUGGUGGUUAGAAGUUAUAUUUUGUUUUGUCAGCCUUAUGAAGAAUUCCCUCCCAGUUACUCUUUGUGCAAGAAGCUAAUUUUGCUCUAUUUGGGGAGUCUCAUUUAUCCGGACAUUUGUAAUAUUGGAGGGAGAAAUACGAGAAUCUAGUUAAUAUAUGAAUAAAUAAUGGGCAAAUGUGUUAUGAAAAGAGUACAUGAGAAAUAUCUGAGAUUUAUUGAAUCAAGGUAUCAUCUUCAUUUGAUUUGCCCACACUCUCCUCUGGAGCCAUUUUGCAUUCCCUUACAACUCUAGAGGGCAUGCAAAAUUGCAGAAACAACCUUAUCUUACAUUGUUCAUCAAUUUACCCUUAUUGCUUAAGAAAUCGUGGUUUAACUUUUCACUUAUCUCACUUGUCAUUCCCAUAUGCAAUAUUUUUAACCAUGUGUCUGUUGCAGGAUGUUUUUGAAUUAUUUCUUUUGAAUAUUUAUAAAAGGGGCUAAACUGGAAUGAUGCCUCUUCCCAUAACAGACUUGAUUUAAAGCUUCAUUAAUUGAUUUUAGUAUGUCACUUUCCCUCUAUUGUCUGCAUGUGUUUUGCUGUUUUGUCUUUGUCUCUCCACUGAGUUUGUUUUGUGUCUUUUUGUCUUGUCUGUUGGUAUGAAAGAGAACAUGUCUGUGUGGUGUGUGCAUGUGUUUAUAUAGGUUCCAGUUGCUGUGUUUUAGGAAGUGUCUGUGUUUAAAAAAAAAACCCUUCUGUUUAGGAACAAUGUUACUAAUAAAGGAUUAUAUGCAGUGCUGGGAUCAUUAAUGCUCCUAACCCCCUCUAAGUUGCACGACUCGCCCUCACCAUGCUGACCCAUUAUGUUCCAAACCAUUCCAUCCAGGUCCAAAUCCAUUUCACAUUUUUAUCCUUUGUGUUUAAAUGCAUUCCUCCUGUGCCAAGCCACCCUAUUUAAAACUUAAUUUUUUUGGUCCUCUGGUUAGAAAUUAAAAUUCUUGCAAAUACUUAUAAACUUUCCAUUAAAUUGGGACUAGUUAACUUCUUUAACUCCUCCAACCCAGUCCUGUUUCUUUUCCAUCCAUUGCCUAGUUUGGAUCCAUCCUGCUUUUAUUUACACCAGCUUUAAGAAACUGCUUCAAGAUUAUUGGCAUUAGUUACUACACUGCUGCUACCUUAAAAACUGACAAAGCUAACAAGUCGGAGUACUUUUGCAUUACCAGAAAUGAAAUCCUGUGACUCCGUAGGCAUGUUGGUUAUAUAUUGUGGAGACAGCACAUAGCUCUGCUGUCAUUGUACAGCCUUGUUUGUGGUCCAUAAGCUUUGCAGCCGAGCAACAGGAACGACAGAUGUGCAUCUCUUUGAUGCAAAAUGCUCAUAAAAUGAUGACUGGACUAGGCAGAUUAUUAGUAUCAGACUGAGAUGUCUGGUCAUGAUCUUGCUCUCGUUUCUUGUUUUACAAAGUUAACAUAAUGGGGAUAUUUACACUAAUAAAUGCUGUCCUCUAUGUAGUCUCCACCAGUGCUAAUUUUUACAGCUGUUUUUAAUUUUAGUCCCAGUCUUUGUCUUUAGAUUAAUUACUUCUUAGUUUUAGCCACAUUUUAGUCAUUUCUACCCUUUAUAGUUUUAGUCUAGUUCUUGUCCAAAGAACAUCCUCAUAUUUUAGUCUAAGCAUUUCUUCUCUUGCCUGAAUCUGGUACCAAGUCAUGGUUCUAUGCACCUUGCCUAACCUGGGGUCACUGCUUUCUACAGCUAAGAGGCAGAAUAGCUAUAGAUGCAUUGUACUUAGACAGAUUUACCCACAGUGGAGAAAUAUCAUGGAUUUUGAAUGCCCAACAAAAACUAAAUUACAUUUUAAUCUUGUUGACGAAAAAAAAACUUACUUUUAGUUAGUUUUAGCAUCAAAGCUCUGUUGUUAGCUAGUCUUUGUCUAGUCUUUCUCAUGGAAAAGAGUAACCUUACAUAAUAGAUGGAUACGCCCGUUUCUGUUUCUCUCACUGGUGAAUCCAUCUUGCA